AGAAAGAAGAAAAAGCGUCCAGCCAGAGCUUUCCAUACCGAAUUCAAUUCCUUACCUGCUUCUUCAGCAGCUACACCUAUGGCAUCGGUGGCAGCAUCGCCUACUAAUUCUCAUGCUGCUCUUUACACUGCGCUGUAUAACAACAGUCAGCAAAACCAGAUCUACCAGCAGAAUCCGUUCCAGCCACUGCAAAACCAAAAUCCAUACCAAUCUAAUCAGAACUUUCCGAAUACUAACAAUCACCUCUCUUCUGCUCCUGUGCCAAAAGUGUUACGCGAUAUGAACCAUUUAUCUCAGGAAAACGAGGAUCUCUCCUUGCAACAACACAGAUACGCUAACCAAGUGGAGUACACGUCUGCAAAUGAUGCUGGCGAGUUCCGUUCGUUUUACACAUUUCAAAAUGUGCUGCCUCCUGAAGCGACUUCCCAAUUCCAUGCUGUAGACCAAGGCACAUCACUGUCGAAGUUCAUCCGUUCUACCAUGUACUAUGUUCCCGAAUCUGAACUGUUGCGUGCGGCUACAAAGUUGCCUAUUUCUGUCACCAUCAGACCGUUUGCGCCUUUACUUGCUUCGGAAGAGCCUGUCCCUCUUGUAGACAUGAAACGCGACGACAUCGGAGCCAAUGACGAUCCGCUCAGUAAAGGUCCGAUCAGGUGUCGUCGCUGUAGAACCUACGUGAACCCUUCAUUUCAGUUCACUAAUGAUGGCAAGUUUAUGUGUAACAUCUGUCAGUUUCCAAACAACGUAGUUCCUGACGACUACGCUUCGGUUUUGGAUGGACAGGGUUACAGAAUCGACAGAUUGUCUCGGCCAGAAUUGCACAAAGGUGUCUAUGACCUCUUGGUUCCUGACGAAUACAACUUCGGUGGCCCCGAAGUGCAUUCGCAGCCCUUGCAUCACAUCUUCUUGAUCGAUAUUAGUGAACAGAGUGUCAAACAGAAUUUGCCAGUUAUCAUAGCUGAUGCCAUAAGGGCCACCUUGUAUACUGAUGAUUAUGACUUAGAUAACUACGAUCCAAACGAGCCAGAAACACCGAACAAGAGGGUCAAGCAAAAGUUUGCUUUCAUUGCUUUCGACAAAAGCUUGCAUUUCUUCAACUUAUCACCAACUCUAGAAUCGACUCAGGUAGUGAUCUCUUCUGACCUUGAAGAUCCAUUUGUUCCAUUCAGUGAAGGCAUGUUUGUAGAUGCUGAGGAAAGCAAGAACGUCAUAGAAGAUGCCUUGAACCAAUUGGAGCUGUUUUGUUCGCAAGAAACAGUGGCUGAUUCCGAAACCUGUUUUCUAGCCGCCUGUAGAACUGCCAUGUUGUGUCUUGAGGCAGUGGGUGGAGGUAAAAUCACGUCCAUUCUCUCCACUCUUCCAACUUGGGGCCCAGGUGCCUUGAAGUACAAGGACAACAAGAAUGUAGGUCGUUCUCCGGCACCAUUGAUGGAGAAGAGAUUGUAUUCCGUUGAUAAUGAGUAUAUCAAACUCUUGGGAAGAGACUUUGUGGAGAAGAAUGUAGGACUUGAUGUUCAUGUGAUUUCUCCAACUUCUGUCGACUUGUCUAACAUAGGCUGGCUCUCGUCUAUCACCGGUGGAACUAUCAGCAGAUCGUCCAAUUUCAACUUUGAACGGGAUGGUAGAUCCUUGACAGCUAAGAUAAUCAAUUCUAUCAAGAAAGCCUCUGGUUAUCAGGGUCAGUUAAAAUUACGUUGUUCCAAUGGAUUGCAAGUUUCUCAGUACUAUGGCACCUCUUCGUCUAUUGCUGAUACCUCUGUAGUUGGAAGUGUCCAAGACCCAGUGAUUCCUGUUCUUAACGAAGACCAGACUUUUACUAUCUUGCUUGAAUACGAUGGUAAACUCAGCACAAAGUUGGACUGUCACUUUCAAGCAGCUUUGUUGUACACUGAUCCUGAUGGUGUCAGAAAGGUCAGAGUUAUUAACUUGGUUGUAGCAGUCACCGAGAGGUUAGAAGAUGCGUUUAACUUCGCGGAUGAGAACGCAAUUGUUACUACCAUUGUGAGAGACACCUUGUCAUUUGUAGGGAAACAGCCCUUAACUGAGUUGCGUGAGUCUGUUAACUCCAAAUUGGUAGAGAUCUUCACCCAGUACAGAGCUAUGUCUGAAUAUGGACAUAACACUACAAGAACCUUGACUAACCAGUUGUUGUUUCCGGACUCACUAGUGCAUCUUCCUAUCUACUUACUUGCGUUUAUCAAAUCCAAAGCUAUUAGAGACUCUACCGCUAUUUCUUCUGAUGUCAGACUUGCUGAUUUGUACCAAAUGCUUAGUAUGCCCAUCGAGAGAUUAAUGUACCUCUUGUAUCCAGCUUUAAUCGAAUUGCAUUCUAUUUCUGAGGAGGAGGCAGAAUUUGAACCAACCAAUGGUUUCUUCUCUUUGCCCAAGUCCAAAGAAGUCUCCGCUAGUCACCUCCAAAAGGGUGUAUACAUCUUGUGUGAUGGUAUGAAGGUAUAUGUCUGGGUUCAUCCAGAGUCUAACAUGAUGCUUGUCAAAGACUUGUUUGGGGACCAAGUAGAAUCUGUCGAGGAACUUAACCCGCUCAUUGACGAGUUGCCCGAGUUACCUACUCACAUUUCAGAACAAGCUCGCAACAUUGUCAAGUAUUUCCAGACUUAUAUUGUUGGAGAUUCAUCUUUAGAAAGUGCUGGCAUCCGUUUGGUCCGUCCUGGAAUUGAUGGCGUAGAACAUGAGUUCAGGGAAUUGCUUGUAGAAGACAGUUUAAGAGGUAGUAUGGCCACCAACAGCAGUCUUGGCUAUCCUGAGUACUUGAGUAACUUGCAUAAGGCCAUUAGAGUCAAAUUGGAUAACGAUUCGUCUUCUAACAAGGUAAAGCAAUCGGUUACUAAUGCUGAGAAUCAUCAUGAUACCCUCGCACAAAGAUUAAUCCAUUUUUAAAAUUGUGUAUAAUAUGUAUAGUACUACUUAAAACGCACCAUCUUAAUGACUUCAAUAAGU